AUGGAGAAGAAAAUGGGAGGCAUAACAGCUGAAGUCAUUAUCCUCGUCAUUUUUCUCGAAAUAUUGUCAUUUUCCAAUUCUGCCCCUCUCUCAACGAGCUCCAGAUGGAUAGUGGAUCGGGCCACCGGGGGUCGGGUAAAGCUCGCGUGCGCCAACUGGGUCUCGCACCUCCAGCCCAUGAUAGCCGAGGGGCUCGAGAAGAAGCCCCUGGCCCAAAUAGCCAGGCAGAUAGCCGGAAACGGGUUCAACUGCGUCCGGUUCACGUGGGCCACGUAUGCAUUCACCCGGCCCGACUACUACGGGCUCACGGUUUCACAAUCCCUCAACAAGUACAACCUGACGGCCGCAAAAGCGGGCAUCGAGGGUAACAACCCGUGGGCCAUGGGCCUGAAGGUGGUGGAGCUCCACCAGGCCGUGGUGAAUGAGCUCGGGAAGAAUAAUCUGAUGGUGGUGCUCGAUAACCACGUCAGCUUGCCCGGCUGGUGCUGUGGGUCCGACGACGGUAACGGAUUUUUUGGGGACCCGAAUUUUGACCCGAACGAGUGGCUGCAGGGCCUGGCUGCCGUCGCAAGAACGUACAAGGGUAAUCAGGCGGUUGUGGGCAUGAGCAUGAGGAAUGAGCUGCGCGGUAGCCGGCAAAACGAGGCCGACUGGUACAAAUACAUGCAGGCCGGCGCCAACACGAUCCACACGGAAAAUCCCGACUUUCUCGUCAUAGUCUCGGGUCUGUCAUUCGACACAAACCUCGGCUUCUUAAAGAACAAGCCAAUAGAUGUGAAGUUCAACGACAAAUUAGUCUUCGAAGCUCACUGGUACACGUUCGGCAUCCCUGACGACCAAUGGACAACUCAAACGAACAGCUUAUGCGCGAGAGUGACCAAAACGGCCCGUGAUAAUCAUCUCUUUUUAACGUCCGGAGACAACCCGUUUCCACUUUUCCUGAGUGAGUUCGGCAUUGACCAAAGAGGUCAAAAAGAGGCCGAAAACAGGUACAUAAGCUGCUUGCUGGCUGAGGUGGCCGAGAAAGACCUCGAUUGGGCAUUAUGGACUUUUCAGGGAAGCUACAUUCUUAGAGAAGGGAAGCGUAAUUUGGAAGAAGUUUAUGGAAUUAUGGAUCUUAACUGGGAUCGUCCGAGGAAUCCGGGCUUUGUGGACAGGUUGCAGAUUAUGAGACAAAUGAAUCAAGAUCCAAAUUCGAAAAAACCGACCAAAUACGUAAUUUUCCAUCCUCAAAGUGGGCAGUGCGUGCAAAUUGGCAAGGACAGUAAUAACCUCUUGCUAGCCAACUGCAAAAGUGCGGAUCGAUGGGACCAACACCGAGACGGGGGCCCGAUUAAGCUGGCCGGAAAAUCGCGGUGGCUCGCGGCGGAGGGAGACGGUGGUGCCGCAAGUCUUUCGAAUAACUGCUCGACUAGCUGGAAGUUGGUGUCCAGCUCGGGGCUCCACUUGGCGGCGGAAAUCGGAGGCGGGAAUUAUGUUUGUUUGGAAAAGAAAGAUUCUGGGCCCACAGUUGUAACGAACAAGUGCCUGUGUGUUGGUGAUGACCUUGCCGACCUCCCUACGUGCAAUGACAAUCCACAAUCCAUAGUUUUCAGGUGGCCUAUUCUUGAGGCCCUUGAGGCAUCCUCUUUUAGGCCCAAGAACCAUAUAGCGGCCCAAAAUGAUAGAGGCGCAACAGAAGCGUGGGUAGAGUUCUCCAAGCCGCCGGCUCUCCGUCGACGGUCCAUCUCCGAUCAUCGGACACAACCUACAUCCGGAAAGUCGAACUUGUUGUCGCUGUUGAUGCUCCAAAGAGUUUUGCAUCACGGUCCAUCCAGGGACUUGCUUUCUAGAGCAGUAGUCCUCCCGCAUCAUUAUAUCUAUUGCAGGAAGAGUUUCCUCAAGUCAAACCAUUUUCAAGUGGCCACAGCAGCUGAUUCGCACCUCCAAGCAUCCAGCGUGCUGAGAGGGAACGCGAACAAGAGAGAAAGAAUGGUGAAGAGUGAGAUAAUUGCAAGAGCAGAGGAGUUGGUGAAAUCAGCAAUGGGAGGCAAUGAUGCGUCCCAUGAUGCAGCCCAUGCCUUCAGAGUCAGAGAUCUUGCCCUUUCUCUUGCCCGUGAAGAGGGUUUCUCUACUUCGCCUGAUUCGAUUCUCACUGUGGAGUUAGCUGCACUGCUACAUGACAUCGGGGACUAUAAAUAUAUGAGAGAUCCAUCAGAAGGGCAGAUUGUUGAGGACUUUCUUGUCAAGGAAGGAGUAAAUGAAACUAUCAGGUCACGUAUAUUGGGCAUCAUAAAGAGAAUGGGUUUCAAAGAGGAGGCUGCAGGAGUUACUUGGAGUACUCAAUACCCAGAAUUGGGGGUGGUGCAAGAUGCCGAUCGUCUUGAUGCGAUUGGUGCCAUAGGAAUUGCCCGUUGCUUCACGUUUGGUGGAAGCAGGAAUAGUAUGUUGUAUGAUCCCAACAUUAAACCCCGAUCAGAUUUGUCUAAGGAAAAGUACAUGAGUAAAGAGGAGCAGACAACGGUGAACCAUUUUCACGAGAAGCUUCUCAAGUUGAAAGAGUUGAUGAAAACCAAGGCUGGUCAGAAGAGGGCAGAAAGGAGGCACAAGUUCAUGGAAGGAUUUUUGGAAGAAUUUUACCAAGAAUGGGACGGAAGGGCUUGA